AUGAAAUUCAGACCAACAUUUGCUCCUGAAGAAAUAUACAAAGCAAACUGCCGCACCGAAUUUAUUCAUAUGAUCAGCGAAGCGCAUGGUUCAAAUAUGGCUCGGUUACUUGCUGACCUUUCCAUUGAUUCUGCCACAUGUCUGUUGAAAGUGGAUGUAUUCGCCGAGAUUGGAAAAAGUCGAAAGCUGCUCAGUAAUGCAAGUGUGGAUUAUGUUUUCGAAGAUGGCACGACCAAUAUUCGUGUAGCUGUUCGAGUGAAUAUAGAAACACUUAUAGAGCAAAUGCGUCAAGUAUCUCGUGAAUCGCCCGAACGACAUUGUGCUCGCGGGCUUGUAAAUAAUGAUUUCUCAUCAUCUUCAUCCAGUGCGGAAUGGCAGAGUUCGGAUGUACAAAACCGUCGUGCUACUCGAAAACGACAACAUCGUGAUGGAUCUAGUCGAAUGGAAUUGUCAUUUUCUAGCGAUGAUUAUGAUGAACGGCAAUCGAUUUUUCUUUCUGAAGCGUCUCAGGAAGAAAAAUUCGAACAUAAUGUUACUACAGCCUUACGUAUUGAUCAUUUUCUUCGCAAGUAUUGUCACGUUCCAUCAGAGAUGACAACACUAGUCAAACUAACAUUACUUCACAGAAUGGGUCUUUACGAAGAACAACUCUACGAAUUAUGUAUGUAUCUACGAAAUGAUAAAGAAAAUGUUGUCAAACACAUUAUCGAGCAAAACAACAAUCAAGAUACCAUAAACGGGAAAACUUUAAAUGCAGAUGAGAUUGUCGAUUCUAUAGUCAAAGCACUACAAAGAUAUCUAAAAACCAAUCGGAUUUUCUUAAUGGUCAAAGACUGA